UCUCAGGUCUUCUUCCGAAAUGUGUCGCCUACUGGGGAUUGAAAAAACCCGCACAACCCCCUAUAAUCCGAAGAAUGAUGGGAUGAUUGAGCGCUUCAAUCGUACAUUGGUCGCGAUGGUCUCGAUGAUGUUAGAACCUCAUCGGCGGCAAAGAGACUGGGACGAGAAGAUUCCUUUGGCCAUGUUCGCCUACCGGGCAUCGCCUCAGGAGUCUACAGGCGAAUCGCCCAACAUGCUAAUGCUUGGACGGGAAGUGCUCCUCCCAGUCGACUUGACCAUCGAACAACAUAGUGACGGCCAACCAGACGAAGAUGGCAUAGGCACAGACUAUGCGCAACAACUGAGGGAACAGCUGAGUCUUGCACAUGAUCGGGCACGGAAGUGUCUGAAACAAAGUGCAAGGAGGCAGAAGAACUACUACGACAGGCGGUCUGCAACCGACAAGCUGGUGGUAGGAGAAUUUGCAUGGUUGCACAACCCUGCAAAAAAGAAGGGCGUUUCACCUAAAUUGCAGUGCCGGUGGGAAGGCCCGUAUCUAAUUGUACACCAGCUGUCUGAGGUCAUCUUCCGGAUUCAACGAAAAAAGCGAGGGAAGAUGAAAGUGGUGCACCGCGACAGGUUGAAACCCUACACAGGGGAGCCCCUUGUGGCAUGGAUCGAAGAUGGGUCAGAAGAAACCAGCACAAGUACCCUAAGCCAAAGACAACCAGAGAACAGAAGCCCUGCUCGAACGCAAGUGUCAGGAAGUUAUUCUAAUGGGCAAAGCGAAACACCCAUACGAAGGGGGCGACCCCUAAAUCCAAACGCCAGCCCCUUCACCAUUGCAGCGUCACCACAACCAGCUCAUGCUGCUGACACACCCAACCAACACAACCCAUUUCCCGGUAUUCCAACCAGACGUGAUGACACGGAGGGACCUGAGGUUCCUUCUGCGCCUACCGCGCUGCGUCGAAAUCCCCCAGGCAUCGACGAAUGCCACAGAGAUACCUUUAAGCGUGCAUGAUUGUGCGAGUGUGAGAGAGGGAGAAACACUCUAGAAGUAAAGUGCAUCCUUUGCUUUCCUCCCAUGCAGGCGCUACACAGAUUCACCAUGGACCGAGAGAGGUGGGAGAAGUCCAGAGAUAAAGACGAUGGGGACCGCACUAAGUGUCCUAAGUGCCAGGCGAGCCUUCACAAAAGAAGCCUGGAACGCCACCUAGUCACGGAACAUGGGCUGCGGGUACACUACUGGUGCAGGCACUGCGCCCAUAAGAAUAGUCGCCGGGAUAAUUUGAAGGCACACUACCGUGAUUGUCACCCAGACUGCGUAGACGAGGUGAAGGAGAUCAAGAGUGAGACCUACGAGGCCCA